AUGGUACAAGAAAACCGCCUUCACCCAAGUGAUCUCAUCAUGCCGAUGUUUAUUAAAGAAGGUUCUCACAUUAAGCAUCCAAUCCAAAGCAUGCCAGGACAAUAUCAAUGGAGCCCUGAUCAAGCACUUCUUACCUUGAAAGAAUGGGUUCGCAAAGGGGUGCAUUCCAUUAUUCUUUUCGGAAUUCCCGAAAAAAAAGAUGAAUGGGGUAGUGAAGGUUGCAAUCCAAACAGCUUCUUGAUUAAAACCAUUCAAGCAAUCAAAAAUACAUUUCCUUCUUUAUUGGUUAUAAGCGACAUUUGCUUCUGUGAAUACACCGAUCAUGGACAUUGCGGACUAAUAAUAAAUGAUGAUGUAGGUAAUGAUGAAACCCUUCCUCUUAUAGCUAAACAAUCACUCAUUCAUGCCCAAAAUGGAUCUGACAUGAUUGCACCGUCUGGCAUGAUGGACGGUAUGGUAGCUUCCAUUCGCAAGGAGCUCGACGAUCAUGGAUUUACUAAAACACCUAUCAUGAGCUAUGCGGUCAAAUACGCUUCUUCAUUCUAUGGACCUUUUCGAGAAGCAGCAGAGUCUACCCCGAGUUUUGGGGAUCGCAAAACCUAUCAAAUGAAUGGGGCAAAUUCCGACGAAGCCUUGCAUGAAGUCCAAUUAGAUAUAGAAGAAGGAGCAGACAUCCUAAUGGUGAAACCAGCACUCCCUUACCUUGACAUUCUCCAACGACUUAAAACCCGCUUUAAUUGUCCCAUUGCUGCUUACCAAGUUUCGGGUGAGUAUUCCAUGAUUAAAAUUGCUUGUGAAAAAGGAUUGUUUGAUGAAAAAGCCAUCGUAGAAGAAUCGCUAACUUCUAUUAAGCGAGCAGGGGCGAAUAUGAUUAUCAGUUAUUUCACAGAAUCCAUCAUCCAGGAUCUUUAA